AGACGUUACCUUCAAAUUCAAUUCAAGCGAUUCUAAUUCUUUUCAUAAACUCAAGUACUCAAACAGGGGCGACCUGAAACACAAACCACACAACAAACAUAAAAACAUGUCUCAGUUAAAGAAUAUGUCAAUUCUCUUCGUAGUUGCGUUUGCUGCAGCAAUAUUAGAAAGCACUGAGGCAGCAGAUCAUACUGUUGGAGGCACCACCGGUUGGAGUGUUCCAAGUGGUGCUUCGUUUUACUCGGAUUGGGCCGCCAGUAAUACAUUCAAACAAAACGAUGUCCUAGUUUUCAAUUUUGCCGGAGGCCACACUGUUGCUGAAGUAAGCAAGGCAGAUUUUGACAAUUGCAACAUCAAUCAAAAUGGCCUAGUCAUAACAACAGGACCAGCAAGAGUUACUCUUAACAGAACUGGUGAUUUCUAUUUUAUAUGUACCAUUCAAGGCCAUUGUUCCAGUGGCCAAAAGCUAAGCGUUAAAGUCUCAGCUUCCACACCUUCACCUCCUUCUCCUACUCCACCUACAUCUACUCCUCCUACAUCUACUCCUCCUACAUCAGGAACUACUCCUACUCCACCUACCAACGGAGGAACACCUUCACCGUCAUCUCCCACUGGGCCCGAUGCAACUCCUCCAUCACCAGGCUCAGCUACUACUCUCGUUGCUACGUUCCCUGUUCUCAUUGCGGUUAUCAUGAACUUAUUGGUCUAGACUUUAGCUUUUGGGGGAAGUGUUGCUAUUUUUGUAUAGUUAUUUUCGGUAUACAUGGUUAUUUAAAAUUUCGGCUUGAUGUGUUUGCUUGACUUUAGUACUAUUUGAUAUACAUAUUGGGUGGCCUCAUUGUUAGUCUUUGACUUUGUAUCAGAAUAAAUUUGCCUCAUUAGAAUUGAUUGUUUUGUCGUGAAUAUUGAUUGAUUAAUAAAAGUUGUCCUAUGGUACACAAUCA